GCUGUCACGACCUGCAGGAGCUAACGGAGCUAAGCUAAGCUAAGCUAAGUAACCAUGAAGGCUCUUCGGGGAAUGGUCAGCGGGGCCGUGAGCGAAAUUUCGUCGGCCGUCAGCGGACACAAGCCCGUCGUCGCUGCCCGAGAACAUGCGCUAGCCGUCAGUCGUGACUACAUCUCUCAGCCGAGACUGACAUAUAAAACUGUAUCUGGUGUCAACGGCCCAUUGGUGAUUCUGGACCAAGUGAAGUUUCCCAGGUAUGCUGAGAUUGUUCACCUCACCCUUCCUGAUGGCACUAAGCGCAGCGGGCAGGUGUUGGAGGUCACCGGUUCAAAAGCUGUUGUCCAGGUAUUUGAGGGAACAUCAGGCAUCGAUGCCAAGAAGACAAGCUGUGAAUUUACAGGGGACAUUUUGCGUACACCAGUGUCGGAGGACAUGCUGGGUCGGGUGUUCAAUGGAUCUGGAAAGCCGAUCGACCGAGGCCCUGCUGUCUUGGCGGAGGAUUACUUGGACAUUAUGGGCCAGCCCAUCAACCCACAGUGUCGUAUCUACCCAGAGGAGAUGAUCCAGACGGGCAUCUCUGCCAUCGAUGGCAUGAACAGCAUCGCCAGAGGCCAGAAAAUACCCAUUUUCUCUGCAGCUGGUCUACCACAUAAUGAGAUCGCUGCACAGAUCUGUCGGCAGGCUGGUCUGGUGAAGAAGUCCAAAGAUGUGAUGGACUACAACGAAGACAACUUUGCUAUUGUGUUUGCAGCCAUGGGGGUCAACAUGGAGACAGCUCGAUUUUUCAAGUCGGACUUUGAGGAGAAUGGUUCCAUGGACAACGUGUGCCUGUUCCUGAAUCUAGCCAAUGACCCCACGAUUGAACGCAUCAUCACUCCACGCCUGGCGCUGACUGCUGCUGAGUUCCUGGCCUAUCAGUGUGAGAAGCACGUUCUGGUCAUCCUGACGGACAUGAGCUCCUAUGCUGAGGCCCUGAGAGAGGUGUCAGCAGCUAGAGAGGAGGUGCCUGGCCGUCGAGGCUUUCCUGGUUACAUGUACACUGAUCUGGCUACAAUCUAUGAGCGAGCUGGCCGCGUGGAGGGACGCAACGGCUCCAUCACUCAGAUCCCCAUCCUCACCAUGCCCAACGAUGAUAUCACACAUCCUAUUCCCGAUUUGACCGGCUACAUCACGGAGGGUCAGAUCUAUGUGGACAGACAGCUUCACAACAGACAGAUUUAUCCUCCUAUCAAUGUGCUGCCCUCUUUGUCUCGACUGAUGAAGUCUGCCAUUGGCGAGGGGAUGACACGCAAGGACCACUCGGACGUGUCCAACCAAUUGUAUGCCUGCUACGCUAUUGGAAAAGAUGUGCAGGCCAUGAAGGCUGUGGUCGGUGAAGAGGCCCUUACAGCUGAUGAUUUGCUGUACCUGGAGUUUCUGCAGAAGUUCGAGAAGAAUUUCAUAUCUCAGGGUGCAUACGAAAACCGAAGUGUGUAUGAAACCCUUGAUAUUGGCUGGCAGCUGAUGAGAAUCUUCCCUAAGGAGAUGCUGAAGAGGAUCCCUCAGAGCACACUGGCAGAGUUCUACCCUCGAGACUCCAAACACUAAGCUUCCAUUCUUCUGUUAUCUCUCUCUCUCUCUCUCUCUCUUUUUCUCUUUCUCUCUUUCUCUCUUUCUCUCUCUCUCUCAUUCAUUGAUAUUGUGUACCCCACAUCACCUCUGCCAUCCAACAUCACUCUCAGAUGUCUUAUCAUACUCUGGACCUUAAGUCUUAGCAUCGUAUUUCAUGCUUCUGUUUCGCUGCUUUUUGGUCUUUGUACAUUAUCUAAUUGUUGCCAAACAGUCAUGUAUAUUUGUUGUGAAUAUUGUUGCUAUACUGCAGUAAGAUCUCUGUGCAGCCUUAUGUGUGAAAGAACAUUGUGAUUACAUAAAUAGUUUAUUAUAGAAACCUUUAGUCCCUUUGUGGACGGAGCAGUUUGCGCCACCAGUGAUUCAAAGCGAUCUGCAGUCAAUGCUGGACCACUAUGACGCUGCAAUUAUCGUUUUAACACUGGUGACGUAGCUGGUAGGGUUUAAAAGCUGUUUGCAUGUGACCUGAUAUUCCUGCCGGACAAAAGUGCGGCUCCACUUAAUGCUACAGAUGUUACCAAAUCUUCAAGUGUGCUAUGAUCUUGCUGUACGCUGUGAUUUAUAUGGAUUAUAUUGUAGAGAAGCCAUAUGGUUAGUAAUACUGGUGGCGCUGUAUACAUCUUCAAAACUUUUAAACAUUCACUGAGCAAUAUCAGUUUUAGUUCUUGUUUUUUAUUUAUAAAACUAAAAACCUUUUUUUUUUAUUUUUAUGCCUUAUGUUGUGCUCACCUGGCCUUGUUCUCUGUAGUUAUUGGUUGGAUGUUGGCUGUUGUCUGACACUUUUAUGAGAGAGUUUUAUUGCAUACAUUGAAACUUUCUAUGUUACAAAGAGAAGAAUGUUUACUUAUUGGGUAAAAUCAGUAUUUAUUUGUUAUGUAUUAAUAUUUUUGUCUUUAUGUUUAUUUAUUUACAUUCUGUGCCAUGGAUUUAGUGUGCCCACCUGCUCUUUUUUGUUGAAUGCAUGAUAUAUUGUGAAAUGUUUGUAGUCUAUACAGUCUGUGGAAUAAAAUCUGGUCUUGUGCCAUUACUGUUGCUCA